AAAUAAAAGUUUCCAUAGUAUUAAGUUUUUUAAGAGCAUGUUAAAGUGAUUAUUAAAAUGAAUAUGAUUAUGUUAUUUUUAUGACCAACGUUGUUAAUAACAUGAUCAUGUUUUAUUUAAAGGUGCAUUUAUUUCUAAUUUUUGCCCAACGGUAUAUAGAUUUAAUUGCAUAGACAGUUAUAUGUUUAAUUUGACCAACGUUAGAUUAAUACAUAUGAUUGUUAUAUUGAUGUUAUUUAAAUUGUUAUUUCAGGAGGCUUUCAUUUGAUGAGUUGCCUAAAAGAAGUUUCAACACUCAGAGGUGACAACCACACUGAGUGGAGGAAGAAAGUUGAACUGGCGUUUGUUUGUGCUGAUCUUGACUGGGUUGUGGAGAAACCACAGCCGGUCAGACCCACAGAGCCAGUAAGAGAGGCUACUGACGAUGAUGCUGCAUGGGCUAAAAAGAGAGGGGACUAUGCUCCUUUGGAGCAGUCCUACCUCAUAGAUAAUCAAAAGUGGGUCAAUGCAAAUAAAAAAUGCAUGGCCUUUAUAAAGAACACCAUUGAGAGCGCCAUUGUGGGCUCCAUUGCAGAGUGCACUUCCGCAGGGGAGUUUCUCUCAAAGAUAAAGAGCCAGUUCACUGGCUCUUCAAAGAUAUAUGCCACCCAGGUGUUAGAGCAACUGGUGACAGAAAAAUACAGAGGUGGCAGUCAUGGCAUAAGAGAGCACAUCCUCAGGAUGAGCAAUAUGGCUGCAAAGCUCAAACCAAUGGAUGCGGAUCUGGAGAUCAAACCAGCGCUCCUGGUCCACCUUGUCAUGGCUUCAUUGCCAAAGGAGUUUGAAGCUUUUGUAGUGAACUAUAAUAUGUCACCUGGAACAUGGGACGUAGAAAAGACAAUAGCAAUGUGUGUUCAAGAAGAGGAGAGACUAAAAGCCUCACAUGGUGGUACACUCAACUAUGUGCAUGGUCACAAAAGAAAGAAUUACAAUCUAAACAACAAAAGUUCUCCUUCAAAGCCACAAGGAAAAGUUUCCUAUCAACAUCAGCGUCAGCAACAGCCUUUCUCAGUGGACAAAGACACUUGUCUCCACUGUAAAAAGACCGGGCAUUACAAGAAAGACUGUCCCGUUUGGCUAAAGUCGAUCAUGGCAAAAAGAGGGAUUCCAUUCGACGCGGACUACGCUAAGAAGCGAAAGACGCAUUGAAGUGGCGAACGGAGUUGAAGCAGAAGUUGAAGCUGUCGGUGAUAUCUCCUUGGAGUUAGCUGAUGGAUUCAAUCUUCUACUUAGAGAUGUUUUAUUUGUUCCAUCAUGUCAUAGAAACUUAAUAAGUGUUUCUUGUUUGGACAAAGAUAAUUAUGAAUGUUAUUUUGGACAUGGCAAGUGUGCCAUUUGGUUAAAUAAUGCUUAUGUUGGUGAUGCUUUACUACAUGAUGAGCUUUAUUUGUUAUCACUUCGUGAAAAAGUUUAUUCCGUUUGCAAUGUGAAAGAACAUGUUUCCGCGUCGAAUAAAGAACAAAAGAAAAGAAAAAGAACAUUUGACUCAUCGAAAUUAUGGCACUGUCGCUUGGGCCAUAUUUCGAAGGGGAGAAUAGAAAGAUUAGUCAAAAGUGAAAUUCUUCCUCCGUUAGAUUUUUCAGACUUAGAACAAUGCAUAGAUUGCGUUAAAGGAAAGUACGUAAAACAAAUCAAAAAAGGUGUAAUCCAUAGCACAGGCACACUAGAAAUCAUUCACACUGAUAUUUGUGGACCAUUUUCGGUGAAAAGUGUGGAGGGAUAUGACUCGUUCAUAACAUUCACAGAUGAUUACUCUCGCUAUGGUUAUAUUUAUCCAAUCAAAGAAAGAUCGGAAGCGUUGGAUAAAUUUAAAAUAUUCAAAGCUGAAGUUGAAAAUCAGCACGAUAAAAGAAUAAA